UCAAAGUCUGUUAAAAAAAUGUACAAAAACAUUUUGGGGUGACGUGUCAUUCAGUACAAAUAGUUCCUCAACGUAGCAAACGUUCAAGCGAACUGAACGCACCUCCUGUUCAGAGGUUGAACUACACUGAAGAGGCAUACGACCACAGGAUUUCACCAGCUGAAGGUCUACUGGUCGGUUCUCGUUGGAAGAUGUCACACAGUAGUUGAUGGAGCUCAGAAUUUACCUUUUAGUGUCAUAAAUUCCACCAGUCAGAAUCUCUGGGCCUAAAUAACCCACCAUUCCAUCGUCGGAAGAUCCAGAUCGGGAAGCACUGGAAUAAAAAUCAUCAUGAAUAAAGGGACCCCUGACAUAAUAGGACCCAUCUUGUCUGCAUUCCACAGUAAGAACCUCAUACCAACGGUCAAACGUGGUGUUAGUGUGAAAGUUUGGGGAUGCUUUGCCGCCUCAGGACCUGGACAACUUGCUGUAAUGGAAGGAACCAUGAACUCUGCUCUGUAUCAGAGAAUUCUACAGGAAAAUGUCAGACCAUCUGUCUGUGAGCUGAAGCUGAAGUGCAGCUGUGUUAUGUAGCAAGACAAUGAUCCAAAACACACACUCAAGUCUACAUGAAAAUAGCUAAAAAUCAACACAUUUAAAGUUCUGGAAUGGCCUAGUCAAAUUCUAGACCUAAUCCCAAUUGAGAUGUUGAGAAAGGACUUGAAAUGAGGAGUUCAUGCUUGAAAACCCACAAAUGUCGCUGAGUUAAAUCAAUUCUGCAUGGAAGAGUGGGCCAAAAUUCCUCUACAGCAACUUGAGAGACUGAUCAACAGCUACAAGAAGCGUUUGGUUGGAGUCAUUGCAGCUAAAAGGUGGCAAUUCGUUUUUUUACACAGGGGUAUUGGAAAGUUUGUUUAUGAAAUAUAUUAUAUGUAUGUAAUUGUGUAAUUUGUUCACUCAGGUUCCCUUUAUCUAAUAUUAGGUAUGGGUCAAAGUUCUGAUAACAUUCGAUAUCAAAAUAUGCAAAAGUAGAGGAAAUUGGAAAGGAGGCAAAUAGUUUUUCACAGCACUGUAUAUGCAAAAUCAAUGAUAUCAUGUGUGGUGGUGCUUCCUGCUCUGUCCCCAUCCUGCACUUGCUAAGAAUGUCCAACCUUGUGGUCCACUAUAAAAAGACAAAUGCACAGAAAGUGGAAUCUUCCUGAUUCUAACAAUGAAAUUAAAAUGCACUUGUUCUAGCUUGUGCUGAGACUUGUGGUUUAUGACAAAACAUAAUGUUGUUAAUAUAGUAGUGACUAUAAACAUUGGUAGAGCUACGGAGAAAUGUCCCUUUAAUGUCCUUGGUUUCUAAGACCAUAUCAGAUGAUCUCUAGAAUAGGUUUAGCAACAUACUGUUUCUCAGAAAUUAUAACAUCUUUGAUAAACAUGCCGAAAUAUCACUCCUGGUAAAGGCCUGUAAACAAGUUGAAUUUAAUUACCAUACAAAUCUAUCAAAAAGACGUUUGUAACUGCUCAGCCCCAAACAAAUUCGCUUGAAAGCAAUUAUAUCCAUCCACAUACAACAAUAAGAGGUGCACUGUACCAAUUAAUUUAGCACUUUAAUGGAUUGUAAAACAACAACUGCAUAUUCCAUGAUAGAAAGAUAUAACACAGAUCAAAACGUCUGACAUUUCUUAUAAUAGCUGGGAUUUAAGCUACUUAAAAUAAAUAUGGAAAUGUACUCGUAUUGUGCAUGAGUAUUAGAAUACCAUGAUAGACUUCUAAAAGGGUAUGUCGUUUCAGUAUUAAGUUACCUGUUUAUAAUAUGAAUUUUUAUUACAAGGAAAGUUCUUACCAAUGAAUGUGUUGUCUCUUCUAUUUACCUUUUACUUUACAUCUGGAAAAAAACAAACAUUAAAUACUCCUCUUUAAAUGUUCUGUCAUCCUAAAUUUGGACAAGAGGACACACCCCCUAUAUUUUCCGUUAUCGUUUUUGUGACAUUAUAUGCAGGGCUAUCUCUAUUUUAAAGUAGUCAAUUUCCACCACCUACUGUGCAGGAUUGUGUAUAGUUUAAACAGCAAUAAAGCCAAGUCCCUAAACAGUGCUGGAAUAUUUGUUCAGAAAUACAAUCAGCGAUGGUGUCAAGGUUACUGUCUGUAUAAGUGGGUGUUCCCUCUCUCGAGCGACCUCACAGUUCCUUUAAUAAUCUCUGGCAUGCUCACGCGAGAGAGGGAACAGUUGACUCUGGGCUAUUUAGCUCGCCCCACCAGGGGCUUUAAGUAGACCAGAGUGGCCCUGCCCGAUAAGAACAUUUUAGGGAGCCGAGUGUUUUUCUUUCUCUUCUGUGUCUGAUAUAAUACGUUGCCUGAUCCCUCCUGCUGACCUGGAUGGACUUUACGGAUUCCUCCUGGGAUGGCAGGUAACCUAGCGGUUAAGAGUGUCAGCUUGAAGAGAUGGCAUCGUCCAUGUCAGAGGACCAGUUCCUGUGCUCCAUCUGUCUAGGUGUUUUCACCAACCCAGCUACAAUCCCAUGUGGACACACAUUUUGCAAGCCUUGUCUCGAGGCCUAUUGGAACACUAGAGGAGACCCUGCAAUCUGUGCUCUGUGCAAGACUAGCUUCACACCAACCCCCAACAUCCAGGUCAACAUAGUCUUGAGAGGCCUUGUGGAAAGCUUCAAGGGGGCAAGUGGAGGGGACGAGGCCGUCGACCAGCCGACUGUGGCUCCUGGAGAGGUCUCCUGUGACGUAUGCAUAGGAGACAGGAUGCCCAAGGCCGUCAAGACCUGCCUGGUGUGUUUGUCGUCGUACUGCCUGGAGCAUGCAAGGGUCCACAAUGCCCGGUUUUCCAGGCACCAGCUAGUCAGACCCCUGGCUAACCUGGAGGAAAGGAUGUGUCCGACCCACAACAGGCUCCUGGAGCUUUACUGCCGCACUGACAAGACCAUGCUGUGUGUGGCGUGUGACGCUCACCAGGCGCCGGCCCACCAGGUUGUGUCGAUGCAGGUAGAGUUCUUGGCUCAGAAGGCUCAGCUGGCUAAAGACCAGACAGUGGUCAAGGAGAAGCUGAAGGCCACUCGGAAUGAGGCAGAGAAAUUAAACUCUUCAGUCCUACUCUGUGAGAAUAAAGCAGCGAGGCAAAUCGAGUUUGUGAAUGAGUUCCGCCUAGCCCUGGUCAGCAAGGUGGGGCUGAUUUACGAUCGCUACAACACUGAGGCCUCGAGGAGAGUGGACGAGCUGGUGAGGACAGCUUCCCAUUGGAACCGUGCGCUUGAAGAAGACAUCACAGCUCUGAUGAGCAGAGUUUUUGCACUGGAGCGGGUGAUUGGCUCCUCAGACUCCUUUGAGCUUCUUAAUAAUCUUCCCUCUCUCCCUCCUGCUCCUCUAGAUGGUAUCAGAGGACAAUGCAGCGUCAACAUCCCCACAGAUCUACUGGGGAACCUUGUGGAGCAUUUCAUGCAAAACAUUGCCAAACUACCUAAGAUGGGCUACUUGACUACAAACGGCAAUGCUGGCUCAGAGAUUGCCUUGGUUAAAGAGUUCACGGUUGAGGUGACUCCUGACCCCAGCACAGCCCACCCAUCGCUGCUGUUCAGAAGGGGGUCCCAUGGUUGUGAGAUUCGGGUGGACCGGAGCAAGAUGGCUAGGAAGUUCCCCCUGUCGGCCCAGCGCUUCACCCAGGUGCCGUGCGUCCUCGCCACCCAGGGGUUCAGCAGCCAUCGAGCCUACUGGGAGGUUGAGGUGGAGGACUGGGUUGGAAAUGGAUCUGAUGUGUGGUUUAUAGGUGUGGCAACUGAGUCCUCCAUGACUUCUCGAGGGGUGAGUCUCACCCCUGAGAAGGGGUUCUGGGUCCUGGUACAUCGUGAGGGGAGGCUUUGGCCCACCCCUGCCACCAACCCUACGGCCAUCGUAACACAAAUGAGAAAGGCACAUGUGGGUGUGUACUUCGACGGGCGGAAGCGACUCGUGUCAUUCUACGACAUUCAUCUCGGUCAUCACCUCUACACGUACAACCACGUGCCAACCAAUGAAAGACUCUUCCCUGUCUUCAGCCCUGACUUCUUCUGUUCUGCAUUCAAACCUGCCAACCACGCCAUGAUUGUUAGAACCCACACUGCCACAAACCACCAACGUGGACGAUGAUGCUCAUUGACAGUCCAAUCCUUUUGGGGCAGAGUUCUUGUCAGGAUCAUUAGAAAAUGGUGAAUUCAAAAAUGUUUUAAAGAGGUAUUGUUCUAUGAAUGUUGUGUGUGAAGUUUUACAAAAUAAAAUAUAUUUUAUUUA